CCAGACCCUCACAUGCUUUCUGUAGAGGAGAACAUCAAUCUCACACAGAACCUGAUGGGUCAUAAUAGGAGAGGAAGAUAUCCUCUACAUGGUGUCGGAGCUUCACCUGGUAUAAGCAUCAGAUCGUCCACAGCAUCCUCCACACCAUCUACAUCGACGAGAGCAGCCACAAGCAGUUUCCAGGCUAUGCCAUUUGUCGCACGUAUCUCUGCGUAUCUGAUUGACAAAAUUGACCCGGAGCUGCAUAUUCAGGUGACUAAUGAGAUGACUAGAGUUGCGCUGACGGCGAACUCGAUGGACGAUCUCAUGGGGUAUGUUAUACAAUAUUUAGGCGGUGCGAUUCCUUAUAGCGCGUAUGGUGGUAUCAUACGGAUCAUUAGCUCGAUUGGCGAUAAUUCCGGCGCUAGACAGAGUAGUGCUCAGAGUGGAGAUAUUGGAGGGAGCAGCACCCGUUCUCGUAAUCGGGAUAGAGAUACCCCCGCCGACGACGAUGGAUGAGGUUUUUUUAUUUUUAAUGCAAUAAACAGUUUUAUUUGUUAUAACACUACAU